GGGGGUUUCUUCCCGGGGACGCCGACGCGCUGUAUUUAACUCCGGUCGCACCCAAGCCAAACCCACCGAGGGCAGUCUCCACCACCAGAAAAACUACCAGACAAAGAAAACCCCAGGGGACAUCCGAAACCGGACUUCAUAUCAUGACUGCAAAAUUACCGAUCCAUGUGGCCAUUGUUGGCGUUGGCUUAGUCGGCGAGCAAGUUGUCCACCAGUUGAUGUCGAGCCGAUUACGCUCGAGUUUCCAGAUCUGUUCCCUCCAUACAUCACGUCGGCACCUUGAAGUGGCAUCCAGCAGUGUGGGAGAUAAGACAGCGUCUGAGUUGAUCGAUGAACUCAAGAAGGAACAAUCAGGAUCGAAGGCGUAUUCGGGAGGGGUUGAAGAAGUCGUGAGCUAUCUGGCUGAUCCCUCCAAGCUACCUCGGCCGUUACUGGUAGUUGAUUGCACCUCGAGCCAACCCUUUGCCGAUGCGUAUCCUCGCAUCCUCGCCAGUCAUCAAACCCACCUCGUGACCCCUAACAAGAAGGCGUUCUCAGGAACAGAUCAACUGUACUCUGAAAUCGAGAAGACCGUCCAGGAAAAUGGCAACAUGGUCUUCAAGGAGGCCACCGUCGGCGCUGGAUUACCGAUCAUCAGUACCUUGCGCGAGCUAGUGGUCACGGGAGACCAGUUGACCAAGGUCGAGGGGAUCUUUAGUGGGACGAUGAGCUAUAUCUUCAACCAAUUCAGCCAAACCACUCCGACCUCCACCAGCUUUUCUGAGGUCGUCUCAGUUGCCAAGCAGUUAGGCUACACCGAGCCCAACCCAGCAGACGACCUCAACGGCUCUGACGUCGCCCGAAAGCUCUCCAUCCUGGCUCGCAAUCUCUCCUCCCCAAUCAGUCUACCCUUAGGCUUCGAAUCCGUCCCCACACGUACCUUGAUCCCAGAACCUCUCGCAGAAGUCAACGACCCUGUCGAAUUCAUGUCCACACUCCCUCAAUUCGACGCUCAAUACGGCAGAUUUAGGGACGAGGCUUUCACCAAGGGGGAAGUGAUGAGAUACGUUGGGAUCAUCGAUUUAACGGACCCCAAUAAACCACUCGUCAAGGCUGGGUUAGAGAGAUAUCUUUUCAAUCAUCCGUUUGCUACGAUGAAAGGCUCAGAUAGCAUCAUCUCAUUCCAUUCCAAACGAUAUGCCUCCAGUCCAUUGAUCGUCCAAGGCUCCGGAGCAGGAGCCGAAGUGACAGCCAUGGGCGUCGUCGGCGACAUGAUCAAAGUGGUCGAACGGCUCAUCGGCCGCAACAUCAACUAAUGCCCCUUAUCUAUCUAUGCUCUGAUGACAUCUCUUUUUCUACCUUCUUCUUCUUUCUCAAAACACAAGCAUCCAUCUGUCUCUGCUCUCAUACCACUCAUGCCUUUCAUAUAUUCUCAUCUUCAUCCGUUACGCUAAACUUUUAUGGAUGCAUGAUUUUAACAUGCUAAUUACCAAAAAAAAAAAAACACUUGAAUGAAAAUCAACCCAUCAUGUCAGUAUCAUAACAUAUUAAUUCAACCCGUAAUUUAGGUUGAGAUUUACCAGAAGUAAGAAGGAGAUUAAAUUCAGGUGUUAAAUCAACUUGGAUUAGGA